ACUAAAAUUAAAAUUAAUUGAUUGACUUUAUGUGUAUUUUUCAGCAAAUGAAAUCAAUGGACAAGAACAAAGGGCAUGCAGGGUUCUUUAAUCAAUGCUUAGCUCUUAUCAAACGCUCGUCAUUGAACAUGUUUCGUGAUCUAGGCUAUUAUUGGUUACGACUAGGCAUAUAUAUUGCAUUGGCUUUAAGUUUAGGAACUGUUUUCUAUGAUUUUGGUACAAGUUAUGCCUCAAUUAAGGAUCGUGGUUCACUUCUUUCAUAUAUCUCUGGAUUCUUAACUUUCAUGAGCAUCGGUGGAUUUCCUUCCUUUGUGGAAGACAUGAAAGUAUUUCAAAGAGAGAGACAAAAUGGACAUUAUGGUGUGGUAGCAUAUGUGAUUGGGAACACAUUUUCGUCGGUUCCAUUCAUUUUCGUGAUUUCAAUAAUUCCGACAGCUAUAACUUACUACCUAUGUGGUCUACAUAAAGGAUAUGAACAUUUUUUCUUCUUUGCAUGUGUUUUAUUUUCAAGCCUAAUGUUAGUUGAGAGCCUCAUGAUGAUAGUUUCAAGCAUUGUUCCGAACUUUCUAAUGGGAAUCGUAACGGGCGCUGGAAUUCAAGGAGUCAUGAUGUUGGUUGGAGGGUUCUUUAAAUUGCCACAUGAUAUUCCCAACAUAUUUUGGAAAUAUCCAUUCCACUAUGUUGCAUUUCAUACAUAUGUAACCGAGGGAUUGUUCAAGAAUGAGUAUGAAGGACUAAGGUUCGAUAAUCCAAACGUUCAAGGCGUAAAUCGUUACAUUACUGGUGAAGUGGUUUUGACAGAUAUUUGGCAAAUUGACAUGAAUUAUUCAAAGUAUGUUGAUCUUGCAAUUUUGCUUGGGAUGAUUGUUUUGUAUCGUGUUUUGUUUCUUUUUAUCAUCAAAGGUAGAGAGAAGAUGAAACCUGUUGUUGGAUCAAUGUUAUCUAGCAUGGGAGAAUCUUCCAAGACAGUAAUACAUGUUGAGAAGCCUGAUGCUACUCCUCUGAAUGGGCAUGUUGUGUAAUCUUAGAAAGGUUUAUUAGUUAUAGCUUGGUAUGUAAGAAGUGAAGAAAUAUUAACUUCACAUUUUAUAGGUGUGAAUAAAGUUCUUAUUUAUUGUAGUUUGGUUGUGUAAGAAAUGGAGGAGUGUCAACUUCACAUUUAUGUGUUGGCUGUAAUAAAUAUUUUUUAGUAAUUUGAA